AUGCCUGGACGUCGCUCUCCUGAAGACGACACCACUCUCCUCGACGAUUCCAAGUCCAAAGAGUAUGACUGCGCCCGGGAUGAAAAGGGCAAUCAGUCCGAGACACUGGACCAAACCCGUAUGGAAGAAGACAGCGAUUCCGAUACGACCUCAACAAAUUCAUCGGAUGAAUUUGACUGGGACGAAGAAGAAGUCCCUAGUCAAGUAGAGAAUCCGGAAACUGGCACAAAGGCGAGACGGGGCAGGGCCCUUUGGCUCGGCUUCAUGAAGCUCGCAAGGCCAGUCAGGGCUCUAUUAGUUGGCAUACUUGGUGCCGCAUUCUUCAUAAUUCCGUUGCUGGUAGUAGAGUUGAGGUUCAAGGACAAGGAAAGUGUUCGGCUGCAAGUCCGUGUUUGGUCCCUUUGGUUGUCGAUCACUUGGGCAGCCUCCUGCGCAACAUACUUGGUUGUGGAUGCCAUUCCACGCACUGUGAUCUACGUUAUUUUCUUACUUGGUGGCCAAGUCGAGCGUCUGAAGACGCAGAUUGAAUUGACACUUGCUGUCUCGGCAUGGCUAAAACUUAUACUCGAUAUUUCAUGGGCCUGGAUAGCGCUAUCUGCAAUUACGGCCUUCUACAAACCUCCUGGUGCAUACUGGGUUGUUAUUAACCGUGUGAUGCAGACUCUCUUUACUGCAGGUAUCAUCCUCUUUGUUGAAAAAUUGUUUUUAAGGUUUGUCGCCAUCAACUUCCACCAACAUGCACUCGCAGAUCGUCUUGCGGAGAAUCGGAUGGGACUGAGGGCGCUGGACUAUCUAUCAAAUGCACAACUCGCUCCCGCAAAGAAAAGUCCAAACGUCAAGAAUGGGCACAAAAACACUUUGAGUUCUUUUGGGACCGCACUUGACCUUUCCGUAUUCCAUGCUACUACACCUGUUCUCGAGAAACACGAGCGCGAAGCACACCAUCAUCGGUCGCACAAAAAGCGUCAUACUAGUCGCGCCGAGACGAAAAGACGACGCAAGGGGUAUAUGGCAACUGUUGUUGUUGACCAGCUGACCGGCGCUAUUGGGCAAGUGGCGCUUAAGAAUUCCAAUUUUAACCGAGGCGGCGACUUCUAUGCCCUGGAUUCUGCGCGGAAGCUCGCAAGGAAGCUCUUUCACGCUCUUAGUGUCACUAGCCCUGGACGCUCUCAUCUUGUCGUCGAAGAUUUCUACCCUUAUUUCCGUUCGACUGCCGAGGCGCAUGCUGCUUUUGCUAUCUUUGAUAAAGACGGCAAUGGUGACAUCAGCAAGCGAGAAAUGAGGGAAGCUGUACAGAGGAUUUAUCGGGAGCGUAAGGCCCUGACUGCCAGUCUGAAAGACGUUGACUCAGCCGUUGCAAAGCUGGAUGCAGUCCUUGUCUGCAUUGCAUUGCUCGGUAUUCUCUUCGCAUGUCUCCUCAUUUUUAAUAGGAACGACACGCUAGCCUCGCUUGUUCCUCUUGCGACAAUUAUUCUCGGAUUUUCGUUCAUCUUCGGACACUCUGCGCAGACGCUGUUUGAGUCGAUGAUCUUCAUAUUUUCUACGCACGUCUUCGAUGUCGGCGAUUUGGUCAUGAUUGACGACCAGUACCUCAUUGUCAAAGAAUUUGGUCUAUUUUCUACUACUUUCCGUCGGGUUGACGGCCAAGAAAUUAUCGCACCGAACUCGCUGCUAUCAAGCACGAAGCUUGUCCAUAAUUUGCGGCGGUCAAACAGCAUGUGGGAGAGCACGACACUAAUGAUAGCGUACAACACACCCCUCGAGCUCGUUGAGCAGCUCAAGGCACGCAUUCAAACCUAUAUCACAGCAAAUAACAGGGAAUGGAGUGGAUCCGCGGUGAACAUCGACAAAAUGGAGUUCCAGAACGCGAUUCAUCUGACGGUGGCUGUUGAACGUGAGUGUCUGUGUAACUAG